CAGGUAUCGCAACCGUUUUUCUUUCAAGUAUGGACAGCAAGAACCGCUUGAUUACUGGCUCGAUUGCCGUAAGAGGGAGCGCAACAAAGGUCUGUAUCAGGCUGAAGAGAAUCUGAAAGACGACAUCGGAGCCACGUCGACGCGUCAAGACCGAAACGGCAAUGGUGACCGCUAUGGACUAGAGUGUCCAGAAGAACGGGAU